AUGGGGGUGGGGGCGGAAGCCCAGGAGCUGCUGGGUAGUGCAGGUGCUGAGCCGUGGGGGCCAGACCCAGGGAGGGGUGGGAGUAAAGGGGGCUGCCGCAGCUGUUGGGCCAUAAAUCAGGCUGACCCCUUGGCUCAGGGCAGGAUGCCUACAAAUUCGGCUUCUGUACCAGCAGGUCUGAGCAGAAGUGACAACUACACGGACCUGCUAGUGCCUGGAAUCCCCUCUGUGACCAAGGCCUGGGGACUAUGGGCCCUCUUAGGGGCUGUGACGCUGUUGCUUCUCAUCUCACUGGCUGUGCACUUAUUCCAAUGGACUAGUGGCUGCAGCAGGAACCAUCCGGGACAGGGACGGCCUGGAGAGUCUGCGGAAGAGGUCCCUCUGUACGGGAACCUGCAUUAUCUGCAGACAGGACGGCUGUCUCAAGAACCGGGGCCAGACCAACAGAAUCCAACACCUGGAGGCCCUGCCAGGGCUGCAGAGGAGGUGAUGUGCUAUACCAGCCUGCAGCUGCGGCCUCCUCAGGGCCGGAUCCCCAGCCCUGGAAGCCCCAUCAAGUACUCGGAGGUGGUGCUGGACUCUGAGCCAAAGCCCCAGGCCUCGAGCCCCGAGCCGGAGCUCUACGCCUCAGUGUGUGCCCAGACCCGCAGAGCCCGGGCUUCCUUUCCAGACCAGGCCUACGCCAACAGCCAGCCUGCACCCAGCUGA